GAGGGCCCUGGGAGAAGAUGUUGGUGUUCAGGGGGAGAUAAGGCCAUGAGAAUCCUGUCAGGAGGAAAAGAACCUCCAGGGAGAAGCCUCCAGGAGAGCUCUCAGCUAAAAGGAGCAAAGAUGAGCCCUGGGGGAACAGGGGUGGAGAGCAGUGAAUUGUUGAUUGAGAGAGGGACUCCAGAGAAGGCUUCCAGAGAGUCAGCUCUCUACAACUGACCUGGAAGGACUUCAAGGUGACUGACCAGGCUGGAGAGCGAUGGCAUGGAAGAUGUAGAUUUUAGCAGAACCAGCACAGCAGGAAUAAGGGUUGCUAGAGGAGAAGGACCCCAACAGUGCCAUGCUCUGAAGCCAGAGGUUUAUUCUGGUGCCUAAUCAGAUGCCUUGAGGACAUCCUGCAGCAGAAUCCUCAUCUGAAAAACCUUCCAGUUUAUCUUGGACCCUUGUAUGAGUGUUUGUGGGAGCUACAGAGGGAGUAGCAGUGCCAAGGGAAAAGCAGCAAAAAGAAAGAGAAUGAAAAGGCAGCAUUUCUGAGUCCUUAGCUGAAUUAGCAGGACAAACCUUGUGGGAAGGAGCAGUAAUCGGGCAACGUGCAGCUCUCCUUCGGGAAUGUUUACAGCUGAUCACACCGCAGCUGGAGUGCUAGAGUGAGUGAACGCUGGGCUCUCUUGACACAAAUGUGAAGUAGAGUUUUGCUGCAGCUAGAGGGCUGUGCUGAUGCACAUUUCCAGUGCUGUGUCUGGCUAUGCUGAUGCACAUUUCCAGUGCUGUGUCUGGCUAUGCUGAUGCACAUUUCCAGUGCUGUCUCCGGCUGCACUGAGGCGCGGUCCCCAGUGCUAUACCUGGUGCUGUCACUGACUACCUAAGACUUCUAAGCAAAGCAGCUCAAGAAUCCACCCUGAAAGGAGGAGGCUAGAAUCAUGCCAGGUGAAGGACUGUUCCUAGCCAGCAUCAUGCCUGGAUCAGGUUUACUUCAACUACCUUCUCUCCAACUUAGUGGAUGAGACACUCUUCAUCACUCAGACUGGAGCAAUUGGCAGGAGAGGUUGAGACUGGGGGUGUGGGCCUCACUCUCUGGAGUGACUGAGUGUGCAGCUGUAGGGAGAGAACAACCACGUAAUUAUGGAGAGAUAGCAUCCAUGGGUACCGAGGUGAUAUCCUAGCCUGACUGCAGAUCAGUAAAUGAAGAUCUUAAAUAUGACUGGAUGUAACAUUGAAACAUGCAAUAUCCACUAAACGCUUCCCUGCAACCCCGUAUAGGGCCAUUUAUCAGCACGCUUUGCUCAUGGUCCUUCAGGCAGUUUUCUGUCCAGUUCAGUGACUAUUUCCCACUUCGAAUGAACUUUGGCAGAAAAAAAUGGUUACCCUCCCGUUAGCUCCUCCAGGCCAUUUUCAGCAUAAUGGAAAGUCUGAGUGAGCUUCAGAACCCACUGCUGGCCAAGAGCAGCAGGCAUCUUCAUGGUAGCUACUCCUACCAUCAGCAUCACCCUAGUCAUUGCUGCCAGGGGAAACUUUACAUCUUUCAAAACACUGGCAGUGCCAGGACUCACCAGCUGCUGGAUGCCAGUUCUCUGCAGCUGGCUGUUGAAGCAUUAUAUGGUCCCAACUUCAUCCUGGUGAAGGAUGAGACCAGUCUCAAGGCCAAGGACAACAAGGGGGAGAGCUGCGAGAUGACCUUCAUGGAAAACAAAGAGGUCCCCUCUGAGGCUGCAGAUGGGCGAGAAAAACAAGGGCCAUGCCAGAUGGAGAGUGACAUCAGAAUCCAAACAGUGUCCUAUGAGGUGGAGGAGGAAGAAUUCCAGGAGUAUGAGAGUGACUCCUCGAGUGACAGUGAGAGUGAGGAUCAUUUCCUGAUGCUCCCCCCACGAGACCACCUGGGCCUGGCCAUUUUUUCAAUGCUCUGCUGCUUCUGGCCCCUGGGGAUUGCUGCCUUCUACUUCUCCCAUAGGACCAGCAAGGCUGUCUCCAAGGGGGACUUCCAUAUGGCAAGUUUGGCCUCCCGGAGGGCCCUCUUCUUUGCUGCGCUCUCCAUCACCAUUGGCACAGGGGUCUAUAUUGGUGUGAUUGUAGCACUCAUUGCUUAUCUAUCCAAAAGCAGCCAUGUAUAGCAGAGACCUUGACGCCAAAGCUCAGCACUCUGCACCCAAAGGCCAAUGCUAGUGAAAUUCACGCUUUUGUGUGGAGCAUAGGACAGAACGCUUGCAAGGGCUACUGAGCAGUUCCAUAAGUGGAGGGAUCCAGGCUUGGAUGUGCUGUACAGGCUCUUUCCCUUUUACAUGAACAAUAGACUCCAUUCUCCUUUACACCUUGGACAAUCGGCUAACAACAUCCCACUAGUAAAGAAUUCAGCACAGGCUGAAAGUCCUGGAUUCUGAGGCUAAGAGGAGCAUGUUUCACUUAAGGAAGAAUGUGGAAGAGAUAUUUUUAGUUCAUCUGCAAUGCCUGGUGUAGCCACUUAUAGUUUUCAAAACAACAUGUUCACAUUCUAGUCCUGCACUGUGAAUCCCACCACCUAGUAUAUCACAGCCCUGGUCUGAUUUUGAGGCAUAUGGGGAAGAGGGCAGUGGGCAAUUAAUUCUCUGGCUGCUCUUCCUUUUAGGAGAGAGGGCUCAUAGGCUGAUUGCAAGAGAGAUUGCUCAGGGGUCCUGUUGUGGGGAGAACAUUUCAGUUUUAGGGCUAUUGAUUGGCAACUGCCCCUUUAAUAGCCACAAACUAGGAGGACACAGUGCAGCUCUGAAUAAAGAGAGAGCUCUGGGACUCGGUCUUCAGAACCUCAGCUAACAGCUCUACCACCAGGCUUUACCCUAGUCUCAUUUACCAAUCCGUAGCUCAGCCCUUGGUGAGUCAGACCUAGCUCUUGAGUCAUACAUCCAUUCUGAACAAGACGAUGGAAGGUCUUUUGGGUUGGUAAUUGUGUGUCAUCAUUUCAUGUGUAGAAGCUGGUUGGGAAAAGCCUCACAAUUCUUGGGCAUUAUCAUCGUCACAGUAGCACCUAGUGGCCCAACUGAGAUGGGGAUGCUGUUGUGCUAGGUUCUGUAAAGACACGGUGUAAGAGCUCCGGCUCCAAAGAACUUAGUCUCAGGAGACAAAACAAAGGCUGUGUGUGAAAGGGAGGCACUGAGCGCUGACAUGAUUUACCCAAGGUCACAGAUCAGGGGCCUCAGGGGGCAUAGCACCCGAGGCCAGAGUGCUAGCCCCUAGGCUAGGUACCUCACCUUUAGCUUGAUCAGUGAGCAAUGAAACACUCCAGGUACCACCAUUUAGGGCAACACCCAGAAGAAAAGAUCUUGUUCUGCCCCAAUGCAUCUACUCCCAGGUAAAUAACAACCCUCUUGCCAGAAUUGGCCUGAUCCCAUUCAUGCUGGUCACAGACAAAUAAGGAGGUAAACAAAAAACCCUCUUAACUCAGCUUUGUGUAUAACCUCCAGCCAAAAAUACUGUUUGUUACUGGACGGAAGCUAGAGAAUGAGAAAAUAUAUGUUCCAGGUUUGGAGACUGAAUGACAAGCAGUGGAGCCAAACCCCAUGUGGAGGGUGGGAAGAGGUGUCUGUGCAAGGCUCUGUGCUGGAUGGGACCCACGUUGGAAACGCCAGUGCCCCUUAGCCCUGCUUACAGCCUAUUGCUUAUGUGUAUAGUGCCAAUAACACGCUAGGCGCUUCACAGAUGGAUGUGGAGGCAAGAUCUUUGCCCCAAAGAGCUUACCAUAAAGAGACACUUUCUGCUUCAACCUGAGCUCCACUGUAGGCCUCAGAUACCACAUCUCAAACCCUCCUCACCUUGGCCAGACCUCCCCGCACUUCUUUCCUUGCCUCCCCACACCUCACCCUGAUGGGGCCUAGGCAGGCUCCCAACUCACCCCUCCCCUCCCUGUGCACACUAUAGCAUGUUUUGUAAGAGACUCAGCAUGUUCCUUGAUCCAUGUAUUGUUCAUAUGUACAUUCCCUUCUAAAGCAGCAUGUUAAUAUCUGAGAUUUCUAUUGUACUUGAGCCAUAAAAGAAGGAAACACACAAGAGAAGAGAUCUGUUCAGAAGCUUCUCUGAAGGUCCCAUUAUAUUUUAUAACAUGAAAGAGUUAAUAAAAGAGACGGAAACAGGAA